AGCAACUAAUAAAUAAGAAAUAACACAGGUGUGGAAAUUUAGCGUAGAGUAGCAGCAGAAAACAUCUCCAGAAAAUUUAAGAGGCUAUCUGGAUGGAGUGUUCAUGCAAUUCUCCGCAAGCUAUAUAAGCUUUCAAGGAAACGUAAUAUAGCUAAACGAAUAUGAAGCUCACUGUAGAAUUUGGGGGUGGCCUGGAGCUUCUUUUCCAAUCAGUGAGGACGCACAAUAUUGAUGUUCCUGUUAAGAGUGGAGAGAAACAGUUAACUAUGGAAGUACUGCUGUUCUGGAUUCGGGAUAAUCUUUUGAAGGAGAGGCCUGAAAUGUUUAUCAAGGGAAAAUCUGUUUUGUGCAGGAGACCUGGUGUGUUAGUUUUGAUAAAUGACUGUGACUGGGAACUUUGUGGGCAGCUGGAAGCAACAGUGGAGGAAAAUGACAACGUGGUUUUCAUUUCAACUUUACAUGGUGGAUAGGAUUUUUAACUUGAUGGCUUUCUCAGUCUUUCUUGCCUAUGCCUAUGCUCGUUCAACUUCAAAACAAAAUUUUAAUGAGCAAGAUUUCUCAAGUCGCUGUAUGAAUCAUCAUUCUUCUUUAAACGUAAUGUGAUUCCAUGGAUGGAAUAUCUAGAUUCUGCUUCACAUAUCAUGGUUGACGAGGAGAUAUAAUUUAAUUUAUGAUUUCUCUAAACAAGGUGGUCGAGGAGAUAAUUUAAUUUAUGAUUUCUCUAAACAAGGUGGUCGAGGAUAUAAUUUAAUUUAUGAUCAUAUUAAGAUUGUCUAGGAGAGAAUUUAUUUUAUGAUUGUUCUAGCGACUCUACUUUCAGGAGGCGUCUUAGAGAACAUGUAUUUGCUAAUUUUUAUGGUCUAGUUCCUGAUUUAUAUUAAAACUGUAAAAUGAUGCAAACUGAAAUCACGUGCUUCAUGAUUUACAUGCACAUGUAUGUUAUGAUAAGUCCUGGAUGUAAGAAGAGAUUUUCUUUUACAA